UGCUAGAUAAUAUUGUUUAAAAAUUAUUUAUUAUUUAUUAGUUUAUUACUAAUUUUCUAUUUUUCAUUUUUCUACCAUUUACUUAUCUACAUUCUACAGUGAUUUAACUCCAUUCUACACAAGAAUGUCGAGAAUAGUUGUCUCUUUGGAUAUAUUCACCCUUUCGUGUGUGGUGUUGUAUCUAAGAAACGCUUCCAACUCUAUGAAAUUAUAGAACUAUUAUAGAUAAUUAGAAAACAUUUUGGGUUCCUACUGGUUUUAAAUUAAUUUUAAUGCUUACACAAUAUUUCAGUUUUAAAAAUAAUUAUGAGUAUAAUAUAAUGGUUGUGCCUUAUUAAUUCAUAUUAAAUCUAAUAAUUGUGUAUUAAUGUGAUGUAAUUGAUGUAAAGUUACAUAUAGUAGAUAUAUUAUAAUAUUAUAGUUGGAUAAAAAUAUAAAAUAAACAUUGGUUAUUCGUGUUAAUAAUUCGUUUGAUAUUAUCAUACAAUCGAAAAGAAUAUCCAGCAAAUAUUCAGACAUGGAUAAUCAACUAGAUAUUAUGUUAGAAAAUACCGAUUCAGAAUUUAUUACCUUAACGUAUGAUGAUCAUUCAUUGGUCUCUCAUCCUGAACAAUUAUCUGCCGACUGCACAGAUAUGAUUUUAGACCCAGUUAAUUGUCAAAAUAUUAAUGGCAUGACUCCAUUAAAUGAUUUGUUGUUGGGACAAACAUUCUUAAUAGAGACUAAUGAUCAACCAUUAUUUGUAAAUGGUACAGAGUUGAUUACAUUCCAACAUAUUGACUCUAACGGACCAAUAAAUGAUAUCCAGACUAUUUCAAAUAAUAUCGUCUCUGAUAAAUCAACAAUUGAAAAUAUCAAUUCUACUUUGAAUUCUGAUCAAAUUCAAGAAAUUUAUUCAGAUCUUAAUAAAACCAAUUUGGAUAUAAUAAAAACUACCAAUGAUUGUAACAAUUUGAAAGAACAUUUGCAAGUUACGAUUAAUACUGAUAUAACUAGUGGGAAUUACAGUUAUUCGACUGCUAUUAAAAUUUUGGACGAUGUCGCUAAAAGUCCUGUUGAUAGUAAUGGUCAUUUUGUUUGUGAUUUAUGUUUACAUGAAUUUUACAACUGGAAGAAUUAUAAGAAACAUAAACUAGAACAUUUGAAUGAUAAGCCAUUUAAAUGUUUGAAAUGUUUAAAAUCAUUUAACUAUAAUAAUAACUAUCUACUUCACAUUGCUUCUCAUUCAACAAGUAAUUUAAAAUGUCCAAAAUGUAAAAAAGAAUUUAAACGCAUAGCUAGCUUUAAGGCUCAUUUAAAAAUUCAUAAAACUGAAGAAUUGAUUACAUGCAAUAUUUGUGAUAAAAUAUUUGACAAUCAGUAUCGUUUGGACAUUCACAAAGAAAAUUGUAUGCAAGAAUAUAUAAUUAAUCCUGAUGAAGGAACAUCUGUAGAUUGUAUUAAAACUUGUACAGUUUGUAAUAAAUCUUUUUCAACUAUACCAGAAUACAAAAUGCAUAUAAAGGAACAUAGAAAAUUUGAUUCGGUGUUAAAAAAAUAUCAUAAGGUUACUUCAAAGUUAAAAAAAAUGCAUAAAACAAACAAUAAAGUUAAAAAAUUUAAAUGUGAUCAUUGUGAUUGGUCAUUUAAUAAGUCAAAUCUUUUACUUCGUCAUAUGAGAACACAUACUGGAGAAAAACCAUUUGAAUGCUCAUCUUGUUCAAGAUACUUUACUCAACAAAAUUCAUUAAAUAGACAUCUGUUAAAACAUAAAGGAAUACGACCAUUCAAAUGUGAAUUCUGUGAUAUGAGUUUUUGUCAAAAAGGUCAUUUAAUUAACCAUAUGAAAAAAUGUCAUGCUGUUACAAAAGAAGAAACAAGAGUUCAUAAAUGUUUCAUGUGUUCUUGUGUUUACAAUAGUUCUAAUGCUCUUAGUAAACAUUUGAGCGUUUACCAUGGAUUGAAAACUAAAGACUUAGAUAAAACUGUUCGAAAUCAUGUAAGAAAGAGUAUAGAACUAAUUGAUGAUGAAUCUUUACAUUCAAUGAAAGAUCAUUCAAAGUUAGAACAAUGGCUUGAAGAAGCAGCUCAUGAAUUGCAAAGUGGUCAUAAUAAUACCAAAUUAAAAGAUUGCAAUGAUACAAUUACUAAUCAAUGUAACUUUGGAUUAAAUCUAAUUGAAAACGAACAUUUUGAUCAAAUUUUAAGCCCGAUUUCUAAUAUAACUACUAGUGAUCACAUUGAAAUUGAAAACUUGACAUAUUCACUUGCUGAUGAUGAAAAUUAUAUUAUUAUGAAGAAUAAAGAAGACCAAUCAAUAAUCGAAAAUGCUAUUGUUCAAAGCCAAGUAAAUGAAAUAGAACAAGUAACAACUGCUACUGAAAACGGAUCAAUAUCUUUAAAUGUUGUAAAAGAAACCAUUGAAAAAAGUAUAGAACCUGUAAUAACUGCUAUUGAAGAUGAAUCAAUAUCAUUAAAUGUAGAAAAAGAAACCACUAAAGAGGAUGUCGGACCUGUUGACAUGACUGCUACUGAGAAUGAAUCAAUAACAUUGAGUGUUUUAAAAAAAACCACUAAAAAGCUCCCUUCAAGAAAAAAAAAAUGUGGUGAUAAAAUGUCUAAAGUGGACGCACAAAAGAUUUUAUCAAAAAAAAAAAAUAUGAGUAAAACGUUGAACAUGAAAAAAAGGAAUAGCAUCAGUAAUGAAGUUAAGAGAAGUAUAAAUAAUGCAAACAGUAAAAAUGAGCCAAAAAUAAUAUUUGUACCAAAUAUAGCUACUAAUUCAGAAGAAAGAACCAUUAGUAUUACACAAAAACCGUCGCCAAAAGUGUGUCAAUUCUGUAAAAAAAUAUUUAAAAAAAAUGCUGAUCUCGAAAGACAUGAAAGAAUACACACUGGUGACAAACCAUAUAAAUGUGACCAACCAAAUUGUAAUAAAGCAUUUGCCACUAAGAGUUCACUCGAAUAUCAUAUAAUUACUCAUUCAGGUAAGAUGAAAAGAGCCGAGUGCCCUCAGUGCAAUGGAUUAUUUGCUACCACCUCCACUUUGAAAGUUCAUAUGCGACAGCAUACAGGUGAAAAACCAUUUAAAUGUCCUGUAUGUGGAGAUGCAUUUCGAACAACUGGGCAUUUACAUACACAUGUGAUAAUUCAUGAACGAAAGAAAAAACCUAAAUAAAAAUAUUUAAUUUUUAUCAGAUCAAAAUUUUGUUUGUGGUUUAUUACAAAAUAAUUUUACCAGCAAGAAUAUAACCAUUGCUGAUGGUUCUGAAAGUAAAUAGGGCAUAUGAGCCUCGCAACAUUAGAAUUAAUUCCUUUGAAUAGUUUUAGCUUAUAAUAUGUUUUUAUUAACAAAAUGAC